AGAAGAUUGAGUACUCGUUUGUUGUUUGCAAAACGUUUUCAUCUCAUAUAUUAAAGUAAUAAAUAAAAUAAUCUGUAAAAAAUGUCUGCUGCUAUGCCAAUUAAUCCCAAACCAUUCCUGAAUGGUCUAACGGGUAAAGCUGUGAUAAUCAAACUUAAAUGGGGACAUGAGUAUAAAGGUUAUCUGGUGUCUGUGGAUGGCUACAUGAACAUGCAAUUGGCCAAUACAGAGGAACACAUUGAUGGUCAAGUCACCGGAAACUUGGGAGAAGUCUUGAUUCGAUGCAACAACGUUUUGUACAUUAAAGGCGUCGACGAUGAAGAUGAGGAAGGUGAAAUGAGAGACUAAUAAAAAGUACAAACCAUUUAUAAUGGUCAUAGCUUAUAAUGUACUAGUUUUACGUAUAUUUCAUGUAUAAUACUUUGAAUUCUAUUAUGAAUUUGAAAAAAAAUAUUUUGUAAUAAAAAAACAAUCAACAGGAUAACAAAAUGUA